UGCCGUUGGGCUGCUAGGUGUGGGAUUAAUGCACGCGCGCCGCCUCGCGGGCCAUGCACUGCAUGUGUCAGAUGCAAAUACACACGCUAGACCGAAUACUAUACUACGAGGCGAAUUCCUUAUACGGUCAGAGGGUUAUAAAGCUGCACGCAUCGCGAGCGGUGUGGAUUUCGGACGCGCGCGUGGUGGCAUGUCCACUCGCGAUUUUUCCAUUUUUCAGUCCCUGUAUCCCGGCCGUGCGAUGUUUGUAGCCCUCGUAGUUCUGCUGCUCUCCUCGCCGGUGCCAUCGGCCGGGGACCAGCUGUUCUGCGCCGACGCCAACGACAAGUACAGCCCAAACAGCACCUACCAGGCCAGCCUUAGAUCCCUCGCCGAUGAACUUACCGCGAGAGCCAUGAACUCGCACUCGGCCACGGGCACGGCCGGCGGGGGCUCCGACAAGGUCUACGGCGCCGUGCUCUGCCGAGGGGACUCCACCGGCGCUGACUGCAGCGGGCGCCUCCGGGAGGCCUUCGGCAAGACAAUCAACGCUGACAGCACCGGGGCCGCCGCAUGCGCGCUCCACAAGGACGUGGCGCUCUACUCCGAGCUCUACCAGCUUCGCUUCUCCGACGAGGACUUCCUCUCGGCCUUCAGCAACGCGCCGGAGUGGGUUGACGGCACCAACCUGAACCUCGUGCCGGCCGCCGACGCUAGGCAGUUCGACGAGCUGGUCGCCAAGCUAACGAGAUCCCUGGCCGAGGCCGCAGCAGCGCAGCCGGACAGGUACGCAACGGCCGACGCGCCGUGGUCGUCGCGGGAGAGCGAGCGGACCGUGUACGGGCUGGCGCAGUGCACGCAGGACAUGCCGCCGGAGCGCUGCCGCGCUUGCCUCGACGGAGUCGGCGCUGAGAUACGGCGGCGGAUCGGUAGCAGCAAGAUGGGCGGGGCGAUUCAUGGUGCGCGGUGCACACUCCGGUACGAGACCGGCAACCAAUUCUUUACGGAGACCGCCACAGGCAAGUCGUUGUACAAUUUAGAGCACAAGAAAGAAACUGAGAUUUUUUUUAAAUAAAUACUAUCUUUGUCUUGAGCAUUAAA